AUGGGCAAGAGAGUGGCCAUCAUUGGAGCUGGUGUCAGUGGCUUGGCCGCCAUACGGUGCUGUGUAGAGGAGGGGCUGGAGCCCACUUACUUUGAAAGAAGCAAUGACAUUGGAGGCCUGUGGAAAUUCUCGGACUGCACAGAAGAAGGCAGAGCCAGCAUUUAUACAUCUGUAUUCACCGACUCUUCCAAAGAAAUGAUGUGCUUUCCAGACUUCCCUUUCCCUGAUGAUUACCCAAACUACAUGCACCACAGCAAGCUCCAGGAAUACAUAAAGACCUUUGCUAAAAAGAAGAAUCUCUUGAGAUACAUACAGUUUGAGACCCUGGUUACCAGUAUAAAGAAAUGUCCCAACUUCUCAAUCACUGGCCAGUGGGUUAUUGUUACUGAAGAUGAUGGGCAGCAGGAAUCUACUGUUUUUGAUGCCGUAAUGAUCUGUUCAGGACAUCACGUAUAUCCCAAUCUGCCAAAGGAUUGUUUUCCUGGCCUGGACCAAUUUCUAGGCGACUCCCUCCACAGCAGGGAUUAUAAGAGUCCAGCAGCCUUCACAUGGAAGAGGGUCCUCGUGGUCGGCCUGGGGAACUCAGGAGCUGACAUUGCUGUUGAGCUCAGUUGUCUGGCUACACAGGUCAUUAUCAGCACCAGAAGUGGUUCCUGGGUCAUGAGCCAGGUUUAGGAUGAUAGCUAUCCUUGGGAUAUGGUGUACGUUAUCCACUUUGCAUCCUUUCUCUGCUACAUCCUUCCUUCAUUCGUCUCUGACUGGUUAUAUGUCAAGAAGAUGAACACAUGGCUUAAGCAUGAGAACUAUGGCCUGAUGCCUUUAAAUGGUCCCCUGAGAAAAGAGCCUGUGUUCAACAAUGAGCUCCCAUCCUGCAUCCUGUGUGGCGCCAUGUUCAUCAAGCCUAGCGUGAAGGAGUUCACAGAGACCCUGGCCAUUUUUGAGGAUGGGACCAUGUUUGAGGCUAUUGACUCUGUCAUCUUUACAACAGGCUAUGCUUAUGCCUACCCCUUCCUUGAUGACUCCAUCAUCAAAAGCAGAAACAAUGAUACCUUGUUUAAAGGCAUCUUCCCCCCACUAAUGGAGAAGCCAACCUUGGCUGUGAUCGGCUUUGUCCAGUCUCUUGGAGCUGCCAUCCCAACAGCUGACCUGCAGGCCCGCUGGACAGCUAAAGUAUUUGCAAAUUCGUGUACCUUGCCAACCACAAAUGAAAUGAUGGAUGACACUGAUGAGAAGAUGGGAAAGAAACUCAAGUGGUUUGGCCAGAGCCAGACUUUGCAGAUAGAUUAUAUCAUGUACAUGGAUGAGUUGGGCUCCUUCAUAGGGGCCAAGUCUAACAUCCCAAGGCUCUUCCUGAUUGAUCCUCGGCUGGCCUUGAAGACAUACUUUGGCCCUUGUAGCCCAUACCAGUUUCAACUCAUGGGACCAGGAAAGUGGAAUGGGGCCAGAAAUGCCAUCCUGACCCAAUGGAACCAGACAGUGAAGCCAAUCAGGACAAGAGCUGUUGGUGAAGCCCAGCAACCCUAUCCCUUUUACAGUUUGCUUAAAAUGUUUUCAUUCCUUUUACUCCUUCUGGCUUUUAUGCUUACAUUUUAUUAA